CUCAUAUGUGGAUUUAAAUUUGUGAAAUGUUUAUUAUUUUUAAGCUAAUAAUCAAUUAUCAAAAUAGGAAGAGUUUCACUAUCAUAAAACGACCUAGAGUCUUAGACACGUUUAAAAUUAUCUGCUUCCAAUCUAUAAAAUUGAGGUCGUGUCAUAGUUUUAAUUGUAAUGGAAGCAGAUUGAGUAAAGUUUAUUCAGUGCCUUGUAAUAAUUUGUUGUUUAACAACGUUAUCAGGAAGCAUAUGCACACAGGGUCUGAAACUCGUCUUCUUUCACACGAAAGCAUGAAGUUUGAGUAUCCUAAUGCAAGAAGAGAUGAGAGUGUUGUAGAUGUUUAUCAUGGAGUCAAGAUCGAAGAUCCUUACAGGUGGUUGGAGGACCCAGAAAGUGAGGAAACUAAACAGUUUGUUGAUGCACAAAACGCUAUAACACAGCCUUUCCUUAAUAAAUGUGAAUAUCGCAGUAAGAUUAACGAAUACCUCACAAAAUAUUGGAACUACCCAAAAUACUCUUGCCCUUACAGACAUGGGAGUAAAUACUUUUUUUACAUGAACUCCGGUUUACAAAAUCAAAGUGUCCUCUAUGUGCAAGAGUCUCUAGAAGGAGAGCCAAAAGUGUUUUUGGAUCCAAACUCCCUUUCGGCUGAUGGAACAAUCGCUUUGUCAGGGAAAGCCUUUUCUGACGAUGACAAAAUACUGGCCUACGGACUAAGUCAGUGUGGGUCAGAUUGGAUAACAAUCCACUUCAAGAAUGUGGAUACUGGUGAAGACUUUCCUGAAGUGCUGGAGAAGGUGAAGUGCUCCAGCAUGUCUUGGACUCAUGACAACAAGGGGAUAUUUUAUGGUAGAUAUCCUGACCAAGUGGGAAAGAUUGUGGGCUCAGAGACUGAGAGCAGCAAGAACCAGAAGCUGUACUACCAUGCCUUAGGCACCUCUCAGUCUGAGGAUGUCCUGGUCGCUGAGUUUCCUGAGGAACCAUCCAUUAUCAUUGGUGCUGAAGUGAGUGACUGUGGGAGAUGGUUAUUCAUCACUCCAAGGAAGGACUGUAAGGACAAUCUUCUAUAUUUUGCAGACCUUCAUUCCUUACCUGAAGGAAAAAUCACUGGGAAACUAGAAUUAGUACCUGUGGUUACAAAAUUUGAAGCUGACUUUGAAUACAUCACCAAUGAAGGAGCCAUGUGUGUGUUCCGCACCAAUAAAGAUGCGCCCAAUUACCGCCUGAUCAAGAUAGAUAUGGGGAACCCAGCGCAGAAAGACUGGGAGACAGUAGUGCCACAACAUGCCAAUGAUGUGCUUGACUGGGCUAGUGGAGCAUGCGAUGACAAACUUGUUCUCUGCUACAUACACGAUGUUAAGAACAUCCUUCAAGUACAUGAUCUCAGGUCCGGGAAGCUGUUGAAAACACUUCCAUUAGACAUGGGUACAAUAACUGGAUAUUCAGGACGGACCAAGUAUCCAGAGAUCUUCUAUCAGUUCACUUCCUUCCUGAGUCCGGGAGUCAUUUACCGAUGUGACCUCUCUAAAAGUGAAUUUGUGCCUUCUGUAUUUAGAGAAAUGAAGGUGGCUGGGUUCAACCCAUCCCAAUACGAGACCAGGCAGGUAUUCUACAACAGCAGGGAUGGAACCAAAGUGCCCAUGUUCAUUGUCCACAGGAAGGGUAUUGUGAAGGAUGGGAAGAAUCCUGUGCUGCUCUACGGGUAUGGAGGAUUCAAUGUCAGUCUUCAGCCGUCCUUCAGUGUGACCAGAUUGGUGUUCAUCCAUCAUCUCAAUGGUGUGCUAGCUGUGCCAAAUCUUAGGGGUGGAGGGGAGUAUGGAGAGAAAUGGCAUGACUCUGGACGGUUGUUUAACAAGCAGAACGUGUUUGAUGACUUCCAUGCAGCUGCAGAGUUCCUGAUUAAAGACGGCUACACCAGCAGCGAGCACCUGUCCAUCCAGGGUGGCUCUAACGGGGGCUUGCUAGUGGCUGCCUGCAUCAACCAGCGGCCAGAUCUGUACAAAGCUGCUGUGGCCCAAGUGGGGGUGCUGGACAUGCUGCGGUUCCACAAAUUCACCAUAGGCUGUCUGUGGGUAUCCGACUACGGCAGUUCUGAUGAUCCCAAACACUUCAACUAUUUGCUCAAGUACUCUCCCCUCCACAACAUCAAGGAGCCAGAAGGGGAUGCUCAGUACCCUGCCACUCUGCUGAUGACAGCUGACCACGAUGACCGGGUUGUGCCCCUCCACUCGCUCAAGUUUGUGGCCACCCUCCAACACGCCCUUAAAAACAGUAACAAACAGACAAAUCCCAUAUUGAUUCGUGUUGAAACAAAAGCUGGCCAUGGAAAUGGAAAACCUACAGCCAAAGUUAUUGAAGAAAGUACAGAUGUGUUAUGCUUCCUACAGUUAACUCUGGGAUUGAAAUUUAAGGACUAAUUGAAUUCCAGUUAACACACACUAACUGUCUUACUCACUAUCUUCUGUAUAUGCUUUAAUAAAAAAAUUUGUAAUGUCCAA